CCUUCAUGAACCUCCCGAGGCAGUCGUUGUGAUGACGGAGGUCCCCCAAGUGUAAGAUCAAUAGCCAAUCAGAACCGGUUAAGUUGACCCCAAUACAUGAAUUUCAUGCAAGCGACUUUGCGGCUUGGCCAAACCCUCACCAACACCAAAACAAAGCUUCAAUAUGACAGAAAACGGCAAGAGAAAAGACGGUCCGGGCGGCGGAGGGGACUCGCGGUCGAAGAAAAAGAAGACUGGAAACGCAGGCAAAUGGAAGACCUCUCACCAGCAGGCCAAGGUGCUGGCCCAGGAUGCCCAUCUCCAACCAGGCGACACCGGUGUUUGGGUCACCUGUGCCCGGCACCAGGAGGCUAAGGCCGCGAGGGAGAUCGGGGUCCUGUUUUCGGAGUACGCCGAGAAACUCUACGACAUCAAAUCCGUCCAUGGUGCCAAACCUGAUCCGGACGGCGAGGAUGACGGCGCCGGAGACGACAUUGAAGCGGCCAUCAAAAGAGAGGUCGCCGCUCUCACUGCCAAGCCCGCCACCACUUCCGAUGGGACGUCUCCCGAGGAGAGCAACCGGAUGACGCCCCUGAAAAUGAACGUUGACUGCCUGCUGUAUGUCAAGACGCAGCCGCCUGUGGAUCCUGUCGCCUUUGUGCGCAGGAUAUGUGAGGACGCGAGGCGCUGCGGCGAGCUGUCGGGUUUGAUGAGGUGUCGCUAUGUCAACCGGCUGACGCCCAUCAGCGUCAUGGGGAAGGCGUCGGAGAAUGGGUUGGUUGAGGUUGCGAGGGAGGUUAAGUCAACGGCAGAAGGGGAGUUGGCGAGUGAUGGUGAUGACAAUAGGGACGCUGCGGAGGCCGACAGCAAGGUCCCCGGUUUUGAAGAGACGGAACCCGAGAAGAAGCCGUUCACAUUCGCGAUCCGGCCGACCAUCCGCAACCACAGCAAUCUGAAGCGAGACGUGGUGAUCAAUACGGUUGCCGGGCUCAUCAACGACGAUCGUCAUAAAGUCAACCUCACCUCACCUGACAAGGUGAUACUCAUCGAUAUCUACCAGGUAAGCGCUGAAUCGGUUUGCGGGAUGAGUGUCGUCGACGGUGACUGGGACGAGCUUAAGCGUUACAACCUCACGGAACUCUACAGCCAAGGACGGAAUGCCCCGACGACCGAAGGCUAAGCCCGGAGGGCAGUUCCUUCAUUGUGAAAAGCCAACAAACAAACAGGCAAUUUGCGGAA